GAUAACAUUCUUUAAAAAAAAUUAAAUGAAAUCGCCCUCAACCAGUUGUGACGUCAAUUUCAGUUCCUGAUGACGUUUGUCAAUUUCAGUCCAACUCGAGCUGCUGUUUCGCUGGAGUGCGCACGCAGACGCAGUAAAAGCAAAAGCUGCGUCAGGAACAUUAAACGAUGACGUAUCAUGAAGAAAUAAAAUAGGCUUCUAUUCAAACUCGGCAAAUUCACAUGAUAGCGCCCCACGUGGAAACGACGGGUGUGGCAGCUGGGAGGUUCAUAAUGUACCUGUACUGCAUUUCCAUUUUUCCCAAGUGAUUUCUUAGAAAACGAAGCUCCUAAUUUCGUGUAGCCUGAGUAGAUUUCCACGCCCACAUUCCAGGGUCUUGUUCCUCUGCCGCCCCCUCGCUUGUGUACCAGUGUAAAGCUGACAGUUUCGUUUCACAUUUUUCUCGGCUCUGCACACCCGGACUGCACGGGCAUCCUCCGAGUUCCAGACCCUGCUUUCAAAGUACAGGUUAGAAAUCUGUUGGGUUUAACCGACCUUCACUUUGUCAUGUUAAUUUAAAACUCUAUAAUAAUGAAUUAUAACGUGUAAAGCAAUACGGACGGGCUGUUCCUUUUAAUGUGGAGAGCUGAUAAUUAGUAUAGAGUAAAGUGGAGUUAGUUUAUUUGUUAAACACACACAAAUGGAAUGCAUAACAAGUUUCAGUGAAUAGAAGCUCCAGGUUUGGUUAAUAAGCUCAGAACAGACCGCAUUGUGUUCAGCUCCAUUGUGAGGCUCAUGUAAUUACAGACUGGUCCUGCUUUAUUGUUUACAUUGUGUGUUGCCUUUCAAAUGGAUUUCAUAUAAAUAUAAACGCUAUUAAAGAGGGCUCUAGAGCAGUUUCAUGGACAUUAAUCUAUACCUUAUCAGUCUAUACCAGAUCAGUCUGGUAUAGGCUAGAUAAGUAAAAUUUAUGUUUUUCGAGGAGUUUUUACUUUCAUUAUAAACUACAGCUCUUGUGUGGAGGUGUUCCAUACAUGACUGCUGCAUUUCACCACAUUGUAUUAGACAUGUUAAUGCAAAGAGUGCAGACUUACCAAUUCUACAAAAUAAACUUCUCUGCAGGUUAAAGUCAGUGGUAAGGUAGUGCUGCUAAUGGAGCCUCAUGACUGCUGACUCGUGAUUCUAAUCUGCAGGGACAAGGUUCGAGGUUGUUGACUGAAGGGAGUCCUUACAGAGAGCAAGACAGGAGCAGCUUAGUGCAGAAAUGUCAGCAAACACUUCUGCUCUGGAGGCAGAUCUUUCCUGUGCUGUGUGCCGUGAGAUUUUCAAGAAUCCAGUAACUCUUCAUUGUAACCACAGCUUCUGUAAAGCAUGUCUUUAUCAGUGCUGGAAAGAGAAGAGAGUUCGGGAAUGUCCCGUGUGCAGGAGGAGGGCUUCAAUGGAGGAGCUUCCUGUGGAUUUCAAGCUCAGGAAUAUUGUGGAGUCCUUCUUAAAGGAACGCAGUCAGAAUCCUCCAGCACCUACUGGAAUAUGCAGUCUGCAUGAUGAAAAACUGAAGCUGUUCUGUGUGGAUGAUAAAGAGGCUGUCUGUCUUGUGUGUCAAACUUCAGAGAAACAUGAGAAGCACAAGUUCCGUCCUGUUCAGGAGGCUGCACGGGAUUAUAAGGGAGAACUCAAGACUGCGCUGAAGCCCUUGCAGGACAAGCUGAAAACCUUUAAUGAAGUUAAAAACGAAUGUGAUGAAACAGCAAAGCACAUGAAGAAACAAGCCCAGCAAACAGAGAGGCAGGUAAAGGAGGAGUUUGAGAAACUUCACCAGUUUCUACGAGAUGAAGAAAAGGCCAGGAUAGCUGCACUGAGGAGGGAAGAGGAACAAAAGGGAAGAAUCAUGAAAGAGAAGAUUGAAAAACUUACAAGAGAAAUCUCAUCCCUUUCAGACACAAUCAGAGUGAUAGAAGAGGAGAUGGAAGCUGAAGACAUCUUCUUCCUGCAGAAGUACAAAGACACACAGAGAAGAGCCGAGUGCACACUGCAGGAUCCACAGUGUGUUUCAGGAGUGCUGAUAGAUGUAGCCGAGCACCUGGGCUCUCUGAAGUACAAAGUGUGGGAGAAGAUGCUGGGGAUUGUUCAAUACACUCCAGUGAGUCUGGAUCCCAACACAGCACACCCUGCUCUGAUACUGUCUGAGGAUCUAACAAGUGUGAGUCUCAACAAGGAGAGACAGCAGAUUUCUCACAACCUAGAGCGGUUUGAUCACUCUGCUUGUGUGCUGGGCUCUCAGGGAUUCACUUCAGGGAGACACUGCUGGGACGUGGAACUGGGGAGCAAUAGUUAUUGGUUUCUGGGUGUGACUAAAGAGUCCAGCCAGAGGAAAGGGAAAUUCACUCUGAGCCCAGGAACAGGAUACUGGGUUAUAGCCCUGUUGGAUGGGGAUCAGUACUGGGCAUGGACCUCACCACGGACACGACUCACUGUGGAGAAGAAACCCCAGAAGAUCAGAGUUCAGCUGGACUGUGACGGGGGGGAGGUGGCAUUCUUUGACUCCAGUGAUAUGAGAAAACCUCUCUACACUUUUAAACACAGAUUUACUGAGAGAAUGUUUCCAUAUUUCUCUCUUGGCUCUUCUGCCCCCUUCAGAGUGUGCCCUGUGAAGACAGUUAUAAAAGUGGACUAGCCCAAUUUGUGACCCUCAUUUAGCAUUUGCCUUUUUGAGCCUUUCUACACAUGUGCAAAACUUAGACCUUCAAGGCAAGGCUCUCUGUGGAGAUUCAUUUAAAACUACAGGACGCCAAUUGUAUUUUUUUUUUUUUUUAGAAAACUGCAAACAGUAAUUUUAGUUUAAAUAUGUUGUCAUCUUAAUUAUCGAAGUGUAUUGCAGACAGUAUUUCUUUGUUUAAAAAGGUGACAUCGUAAUGUAUAUUCAUGUUUAUUUUUUAUGAUAAAUACAUUUUAAUUUCAGGAGUUUUUUCGCUGUAUUU